CUCUGGCCUUACUAUAAAAUAUUGAUUUACAAUGUGCAAUUUUUCCCUGAUAAAUUAAAUUCGACGAACAAAACCUGCAGCUGUCGUUGACGGACAUUUUCGUGCAGACGCGCAAGGUGUUUGGUUUGUGUACAACCUGCGCGUGAUUCCCGGCGCAUGACAUACAUCACAACCAAACGUUAGCGAUUGGUUAUGGCAGAUCCAGAGUGGCACUGGGCAGAUCCAAUCAUUUUAAACUUCAACAGACACCCGCCUUCAAGUGAGUUAACGUUUGUCAAUUGAUUAGGUCCAGACUCUCUGUACAAAUGAAAUGAAAUUAAGUGAAGUACGAGAGUCUGGUAGAACCAGGCUAUGCUUAUGUAGCCUUUAUGUGUGAAAUGUGCUACAUACAUAACAUAGUAUUUUGUUGUACAUAGAAUUAUGUAUGUUACUCUUAAAUGUACUACCAUGUAGAAAGUUAACAUUUUGGGGGUACAUUUGUGGCAGGAAAUAUAAUGCUCUUAUGUGUUAUCACUUUAAGAGUGAAAUUCAAUAUUUUCUCUUCAUUCUUUCAGGGUAGUCAGUAGGUGUCCACUCUAGGCAUUGUGGGUACGUUAAUGGAUUCAAGAUGUUUCAUUACAUGCUCGUCUACCUUAUGCAUUAUACUAGCAGACGGAUACCCAGCAAUGAAAGACUGAAAUUUCAAACAGUCAAUGCAAUUUGCUUGGCAUUUGUUUUGGUCCCCCAGUUCUAUGUGAUGGGAAGGCCCAAAUCCUCCAGGUACUGCCAGCAGCCUCUUCUGAACAAUCUCUCAGCUUCCCUGGCCAUGUCUAUUAUUGCGUCAGGUUUUUCAGUGUUGCUUACCGUGCUAGAGCCAGUUCCCGUGAGCUUCAGGGCUGCCUACCAUGUCUUUGGCCUGCUUUCAUUUGGCCAAGGGUUGUGCACCACCAUCCUGACGCUGACAGCCACCUCCUGUGCGGACACAACCCCAGAGUUAUACUAUCUAUCCCUCACACUAACGGUGGCCUGCGUUGCCAGUACCACCUUUUUCGCGGUGAAUGGGGGAAUGUGGAUAAUGAAAAGCCUUCCCGUGGCUCAGUGAGCAGCAGGGCCCACAGCAAUAAACCAUUCCAGCUGUCCCAGGUUGACACCCAACCCCCUGCAUUAAUGUUUCAUGGCGUUUCCAUGCCCACCCCAACUUGGAACCUGAAACUAUAAGAGGGACUUGAAAGGAAGAGUAACAUAAGGAAUUUUACAUUUCUGCCUUGCACAUUUUGGUUAUGUGAACACACCAGACACUGUGACUUUGAAGGUUUAGUUUUAUUGAUUCUGUUUUAUUGAUAAAGUACACACAAGUUGUGUAAAGAGGAAUUGUUUCAUUUAUCCACUGCAUGCCUUACAAUUUAAUUAUUUAACGGUACAUUAACAGCUUUCUAGGGUAUUGUGUACUUUUGCUUGUGAUUUGGGCAUUUUGGUCAUGCCACCAUCUUGAACUCAAUAAAAGAGUGCCUAUUAAGGCACUCAAAAUAAAUUAUUUUCUCAAAUAUAAAUAUUGAUUAUUUUAGCAAGGCCACAUAGACCAUUUCUCAUUCAGAAUACCCAAAUUUUUCUAUUUACCAAGACUUUCUUCUCAUCAGAUAUUCAUUUUUUGUUUACCUGUAAGCAAACUUUCCUCAUCCAACUGCAACAGGAUGCAUAAACAAUUAACUUGAUAAAAUGUGGCUGUAACUCCUUCUAGCUUCAUAUUGGCAUCCGACAUUUCACUGGCGGCAGUACAUAGUUCAGACGUCAUGGGAAAAUACCUGUCUAAAACUGGUUGUCGACGGACUGCUUUCGACCCCCUCCCUACACAUUCUAAGCUUCAGUCUGAAACUAUGCCAAAUAUAAACUCUUUUGGUUGACCUUUUCAAUGGGUGCCGUUUAGUUCAACACGCUCAAUGCUAAAAGGAUUCAUUCAACAUUUGGCUUUUGAUCCAUCCGUAUGACUAGGAUGAGGAUCGAGGCUAAUGUUAAAAAUCUAAAGCUGGAUAUCAAUGAACUAUGGCUACAUAGAAUUUACAAUAAAUCUUUACUAUAUUUAAUAGUAAUGUUUUAAUGCAAGUCAAAUCUCGAAGAAAAUGAGGAUAAAACACACACCUAGGCAAUGUGCUUUAAAACCACCAUUAGAAGAGUCCCAACAGUAUAAAAAUAUAAUUCUACAAUGCAGCUUAGUAGAUUUUACUCACCUGAGAUUUAAUUUGAAAGACAUUUCUCACACACACAAUUAGUAGUAUAAAUCUAUAGAUUGUCAGACUGCUACGUAUUUUAGACCCUGAUCCCUAACCCUGUAAUCAUUUUCAUAAAUUGUAAAUCAUACAAACCAUAAAAACCUGGAAAAUCGAAUGAAUCAAAAUAGGAUGAAAUAAACAAUGUUUGAGUUUUCCUUAACCCUUCGCUGUAUCAGGCAUCUGAUCCAGACUCAAGCAAAUGGGUAUUGUAUCAAAGUACC